CACCCACACAACCCUGCCAUCGCCCUUGCAUGCCUCCCACGUCGGACAAUAAAGAGCCCAGGCACCACCACCAAGUACAGACGCAGCCCGCAAGAGACAAAAACAACAAAAAUCCAACCCCCUCGUUGCCCUCCUUCACAUCCACAUAGUACUCUGCAGACCACGCCCCAUUGCAUCUACACCUCUCUCCACGCCGCUACCAUCUAGCUUUGCGCCCAUACGCCUCGUCUCAUCACAGCCGUAUACCACAUCAACAAGCUCAACUAUCGCAAUGGCGCCCACCAACGUGCUGUCCGACAAGGACGUCAACGCUGCCGUCGAGGUCUCCAAGCCAGACGUCAAGAGCAUGGAGUAUCACCGCCAGGUUCUCAAGUCCAAGAUGGAGCAAGAGACCGCGCAGCAGUACAUCUCGCCAUCAGACAACAUCAUGAGCCCCUGCACAGCCAAGCUCAACAAGCUGCGCAACAAGAACGCUGGAAAGGCCAAGCCCAAGUCUCUUUUCGCCCAGGCUUCAGCCAAGAAGUUUGGCAGCGAGAAUGUCCUCGGCGUCAGGAAUACCCCCGCCAACUCGGACGACGUAUUCUGAUCGCUGUGCCAAUUCUCGUUGCCUUUUCCCAUGCUUCUUGACUAAAGGGCCAUGCGGCAGUCACUGACUCCGUGCCCUACUGGUCGCGGCUUUGCACACACAAAAGUCAUAGGGCUCUGUAUUACUUUUACUGUACCAGGCGUUUGGAGAACAUGACUAUUUGGGCUCACGUCAAGAGACGGAUAGCCACUGUAUGACGGCCAGGGUUCUUCUGUUUUGUGGUUCUAGGAUAAUGGCGGGUUUUGAAUUGGGCGAGCGUACAGGCAUGAAAUGCUGUGGGCUCCGCAUGAGGUUUCAACUUAGAAUUUUCUUACGACACGACAAUGCAAUGACUGAUUACCAC